CUGAUACUUAGUCCAGAAAACACCGUAGCACUCCUUCUCUCGAGAUCCAACGGUCCAUAUCAACCGGUCACAAAAGCGGAGGUAGGGUUCACUCAAUAUUUUAUUGUUGGUUCCUUUUCUUUCUAGAAUACACGACUGCAGCAAGCAAAAGCUCUCUCCUUUUUGUGGUUUCCUUGAUUACCGUUUAUUCGAAAAAAAAUCAUGGGAAAAGGCCCAGGUCUCUACUUCGAUAUUGGCAAGAAAGCCAGAGAUCUUCUCUACAAGGAUUACCAGAGCGACCACAAGUUCACUGUCACUACUUACACUUCCGCUGGAGUUGCCAUUACUUCAACUGGGAUCAAGAAAGGGGAGCUGUUUUUAGCGGAUAUCAGCAGUCAGCUAAAGAACAAGAACAUCACAACUGAUGUAAAAGUGGACACAAACUCCAAUCUUCUCACAACUAUUACUAUUGACGAACCUGCUCCUGGGCUCAAGACAAUCUUUAGCUUCAAAGUUCCUGAUCAGAGAUCUGGCAAGGUGGAACUCCAGUACCAGCAUGAGUAUGCUGGAAUUAGUACUAGCCUUGGGUUGACUGCCAAUCCCAUUGUUAACUUCUCAGGUGUGGUUGGGAGCAAUGUUGUUGCUCUGGGGACUGAUCUCUCAUUUGAUACUGCCACUGGGAACUUCACUAAAUGCAACGCAGGGUUGAGUUAUACGAAUUCUGACCUAAUUGCUUCCCUAACAGUUAAUGAUAAGGGAGACACCCUUAGUGCUUCCUACUACCACACAGUGAGUCCAUUGACUAGUACAGCUGUUGGUGCGGAGCUGACCCAUAGCUUUUCAAGCAAUGAAAACAUAUUGACCAUUGGCACGCAGCAUGCACUUGACCCGCUGACUACAGUGAAGGCUCGGUUGAACAACUAUGGGAAAGUGAGUGCUCUUAUCCAGAAUGAGUGGCGCCCUAAGUCUCUAUUCACAAUCUCAGGGGAGGUUGAUACGAAGGCAAUUGAAAAGAGUGCUAAGGUUGGAUUGGCCUUGUCUCUCAAGCCCUAGAACAAGCAACUUCUGUUGGGUGUGACUGGAACUCGGUUCUUUUGUUAGUAGCAGAGAACAAUAAAGUACGGAAGGAUCCACGAAAUCUCCUUUUCAAGUGGACGUUUCAUCUGUUUGUUUGAUAUACUUGGGUUUCACGUAUUUGGUGGUUAUGGUUUCUUGGAAAAUAAUUCUAGAUGGUGUCAGUAACAUCACCAAUUUGUUCUUUUUAAUUUUGAAAUUAGUGCGUUUGUGUAUUUGCUUAACCAGAUUAAUUAUUUUUUUGAUCUA